AUGCAAACCGUGUUGAAAGGAGAAGAUGUCUCAUCCUGCCGGUGCUUUCCAGGAGACUCGUGCUGGCCUACUCCUCAAGACUGGGCCAUAUUCAACAGCAGUGUCGGUGGUCGUCUGGUAGCAACCGUUCCAUUGGCUGCUCCGUGCCAUCAUUCAUCUUUUGCUCCGUACGACGCUGCAGCAUGUUCACGCUUGCAAGAAGAGUGGACGUCGCCACAUAUUCACUACACUUCCUCAUCAUCGGUGAUGGCUCCCUACUAUGCCAACGCCAGCUGCGAUCCUUUCCUUUCUGCCGAGUCUCCUUGUGUGUUCGGAACAUAUUCGAGAUACGCUGUGGCGGUACAUUCCCCAGCAGAUGCUAUCCGAACGAUUCAAUUUGCACACGAUCGAGAUAUCCGGUUGGUCAUUCGCAACACCGGUCAUGACUGGAGCGGCAAAUCCACCGGAGCUGGAUCGUUGGCCAUAUGGACACAUCAUCUCAAGGAUAUCAACGUCUGCGAUUAUGUAUCUCCGCAGUACACAGGCAAAGCCAUGAAAAUGGGCGCUGGUGUCCAGGCUUUCGAAGCGUAUGCAGCAGCCCACGCAAGCAAUGUUGUCGUGCUGGGCGGCGAAUGCCCCACAGUAGGAUUGGCAGGUGGUUACACUCAAGGUGGCGGCCACUCUGCUUUGAGCUCCAGGUUCGGCCUCGCAGCGGACCAAAUUUUACAGUGGGAGGUCAUCGAUGGUACAGGCCGAUAUCUCAUAGCCACGAGAGAUAAUGACCAGCAAGACUUGUACUGGGCACUGAGCGGCGGUGGCGGAGGAACUUACGGCGCCGUACUUUCCAUGACUGUCAAGGCCCACCCGGAGAUGCACACCACCGGCGCGAAGCUCAAGUUCUCCAGGCAAGGCACAUCUGCUGGUCGCUAUUGGCAAGCAGUUGAGGGCUACCACCAGACAUUGCCCGACAUUGUGGACGCUGGUAUUGUCAGCAUUGCCCAGUUCGACAAAGACAGCUUCGCCAUCAAUCCGAUCACGGCACCCGGAGUCACAGAGUCGAGGGUCAGGGAGCUAUUGUCACCGUUGGUCUCCAAGCUGGAAGCUCUCGGAAUCGGCUACGAACUCGACGUACGACAGUUCCCGACAUACUUUGACCAUGUGCAAGCAAUGUUUUCUCCGAUCGGAACAGCUUCGUUCCAGUACGGUAGCAGACUGAUACCUCGGGCGUCGAUUGCCGAGAACAACAGUGCCCUCACUCAAGCUUUCGUCAAGGCUGCAGAGGAUGGUUGCUCUUUUUUCUCUGUCGCUCUCAAUGCGUCCCGUCCAGGAGAAGAAGCCUUCAACUCGGUCAGUCCAGUAUGGAGGUCCACUUUGCUCCACGCUGUCAUCCAAGUUGCAUGGGAUCCAUUGGCUCCUUGGACAGCUAUGGAGAGGAGGGCGGCGAUGAUCACGUCCGAGUACGUGCGCGAGUUCGAAGCGGUUGCACCUGACGGCGGCGCCUAUAUCAACGAAGCCGACCCUCGCGAUCCAAAUUUCAAGCAGAACUAUUACGGCGGCAAUUAUGACUUGUUACUGAGAAUCAAGGACAAGUAUGACCCCUUCCAGGUGUUUUAUGCCCUUACCGGCGUUGGUAGCCAUCGCCAGUACGUGCGUCCGGAUGGGAGACUCUGUUCACGCACGCAAGAUCCAUGA